AUGUCGACCCAAAAGGCCAUCAUCGUUAUUGAGCCAAAGAAGGAGGGUCUGGUUACUGACCGACCCAUUCCAACCCUCCGGGAUGACUAUAUCCUUGUCAAGACAGUCAGUGUGGGCGUGAACCCUACUGACUGGAAGCAUGUCGCAUUCCUCUCGCCCCCUGGCGUGCUAGUGGGAUGCGACUAUGCCGGUGUCGUGGAAGCUGUCGGCAAGAAUGUCAGGAAGCCUUUCAAAAAGGGCGACCGCAUCUGUGGUUUCACACACGGCGCCAACGCAGUCCAGCCCGAAGAUGGUAGCUUUGCCGAAUACAUCGUCGCCAAGGGCGAUCUGCAGAUGAAGGUUCCCGACAAUAUGAGCUUCCAGGACGCCGCUACCCUGGGUGGCGGUAUUAUCACUGUCGGCCAGACUCUUUAUCAGAGUCUAAAGAUGGCACUGCCCACUGAGCCCAUUAAGAAUGCCACGCCCAUCCUCAUCUACGGCGGGUCCACCGCGACCGGCACCCUGGCCAUUCAGUUCGCGAAGCUGUCCGGCUACAAGGUCUUUACAACUUGCUCCCCUCGCAACUUCGACCUCGUUCGUCGUAUGGGCGCUGAUGCUACCUUCGACUACAAGGAUACCCAGUCUGCCGCCGAAAUCCGCAAGCAAACCAACAACAACCUGAAGCUCGCUCUAGAUUGCAUCUCGCUCGAGGCCAGUGCUAAGUUCUGUGAUCACGCCAUUUCCACCGAGGGAGGAGAAUACACCGCCCUCUUGAGCGUGAAGAUCGAGCGUGUGAACGUCAACAAUGGCUUCACGCUGGCUUAUACGGCCCUUGGCGAAGCAUUCAGCUUCGGCAACAUCCCCUUCCCACCUAAGCCGGAAGAUAGAGCAUAUGCUGAGAAGUUCAUCGCGAUUUCUGAGUCGCUGUUGGCACAAGGAAAGAUCAAGGCUCACCCUUCCAAGGUGGGCAAGAAUGGCUUGAAGGGUGUUUUGGAGGGACUUCAAUUGCUGAAAGAAGACAAGGUCAGCGGAGAAAAGCUAGUCUACAAUGUUGCCGAGACUCCUUGA